UUUUAUUUGGAACCAGAUGGUUAAUACAAAAAAAUAGUCUAUUAAGUUUUAAAAGAUAAUAAGAAUGAGAGAGAUAGCGACAAAUAUAUAUGGUAUCAUAUGAUAUCAGUAUUUUCAUGUUCAAAUAAUACAUCUCAAAUUAAAUAUUCCAUGAGUAGCUUAUUGAAAUUCUUGUUUCACAAUACAGGUCCACCAAAUGGUCCCAACAGAAUACUCAAGUUAAAAAUUCUCUGAUGGUUGCUCUUCGCCUCACUGCAUUGCUCACACUAGAAAAAAUAUUAUCGGAGAGAUAUUUUUUAGUAAGAUUUACACCAUCGGAAGAUAUCUCGCAAUAAAAUUUGCAUUACCUUGCACUACCGGGAAAUAUUUACCGGUAGAUGAAGGAUAUGUUAGGAAUUCUGAUCAAUUUUCCGAGCGAACAACAACAAUGAAAUUCUUUUCACCACAACUGUAAAUAAUGGAAUCUUACUAAAUUUAUAUGGUAGCAAUCAUUUCAACCAUAUAUGAACAAAAUCACUAAAAAACAAGAGACUCAAAUGAAUGGCAGAAAUAAGUCCAAGAAAAAGAUAAAACAUGUUAUCCAAACACAAGCAAUGAACAAACACAGAAUCUAACCACAUCAGCAACAUCAUCUUACAUGUAUCAUAUAUUAACCAAUCAAAUCCAUACAUUGGAUUACACAUCUUUAAUCUAAACCAAUCAAACACCAUAAUCAUUAAUCUGACUUGGCAUAUCUACAUCCACUAAACCAUGUAUCAUAUAGUAACUACUUCUAUCUCUCACUCUUUCAUUGUGAAUUCAUCAACACAUUCAUCUUAGUUUUUUUGAGUUGAAGAAGAUUAAUUCUCCAAAACCAUGGCUUCCAUUGCUGCUUCAACUGCAGCUGCUUCACUUGGAAUGUCAGAAAUGCUUGGAAGUCCAAUUAAAUUCAGUGGUGUAAUAAGGUCUGUUCCUUCUUCUUCAACUUCUUCUACUUUCAAAACUGUUGCUCUUUUCUCUAAGAAGAAACCAGCACCAGCACCAAAGAAAGCUGCAGUUACUCCGGCUAGCGAGGAACUCGCCAAGUGGUAUGGUCCAGACAGAAGGAUCUUCUUGCCAGACGGUCUCUUGGACAGGUCUGAGAUCCCUGAGUACUUGACUGGAGAAGUCCCUGGAGACUAUGGUUAUGACCCUUUUGGUCUAAGCAAGAAGCCCGAAGACUUCGCCAAAUAUCAAGGAUAUGAGUUGAUUCAUGCUAGAUGGGCAAUGCUUGGUGCUGCCGGAUUCAUCAUUCCUGAGGCCUUCAACAAAUAUGGAGCCAAUUGUGGUCCCGAGGCUGUUUGGUUCAAGACAGGAGCUCUACUUCUCGAUGGGGGUACGUUGAACUACUUCGGAAAAAGCAUCCCCAUCAAUCUUGUUGUUGCUGUCAUUGCUGAGGUUGUUCUUUUGGGAGGUGCAGAGUACUACAGAAUUACCAAUGGACUGGACUUGGAAGACAAGCUUCACCCCGGUGGUCCAUUUGAUCCAUUAGGUCUAGCAAAUGAUCCAGACCAAGCUGCAAUUCUAAAAGUGAAGGAAAUCAAGAAUGGUAGACUUGCUAUGUUUGCCAUGCUUGGUUUCUUCAUUCAAGCUUAUGUCACUGGUGAAGGUCCUGUUGAGAAUUUUGCAAAACAUCUCAGUGACCCUUUUGGCAACAACUUGCUCACUGUUAUUGCUGGAAAUGUUGAAAGGGCUCCAACUCUGUGAUCAAUCAAUCAUUUUCAUGCUUUUUUUAUCCAAUCUUGAAUGUGUACAAUACAUCUCACUUUGACAUUAUUAAGGCAUUUUGUUGCUUUUUUUAAUGGAAGCCAACUCACUCUUUAUUUUCA